AUGGCACCACCUCCGGCCCCAGCCCUGGUGCAGAGACCAGGGGAGACCGUGCCUGGGUACCAGAAGCCAGGGAUCGUGCGGUUCGCGGACGUGGCCGUGUACUUCUCUCGGGAGGAGUGGGCGUGUCUGCGGCCCGCUCAGAGGGCCCUGUACCGGGACGUGAUGCGGGAGACCUACGGCCACCUGGGCGCGCUCGGAUUCCCGGGCCCCAAACCAGCCCUCAUCUCUUGGAUGGAACGGGAGAGUGAGGCUUGGAGCCCCGCCGCCCAGGAACCUAAGGAGGGGGAAAACCUGGGAGGAGCUCCGAGAGGAAGGGUAGGGUCCGGAGCUAAGGAGUCAAAAGAAACUCCACCGAAAGAGAUACCUGAAGAGUUGAUUAAACGCAACCCUGACUUGCUCCCCCCCACAGCCUUGGUGAGAGCGCAACAACCCCUGAAAGCUACUUGGGACCAGACCUCGGCCCCGAUGCCCAGCGUGGACGCACAGGCCAGCCAGCGGCGCCACGUGUGUGCAGACUGUGGCCGUCGGUUCACCUACCCCUCGCUGCUGGUCAGUCACCGGCGCAUGCACUCGGGUGAGCGGCCCUUCCCCUGUCCGGAGUGCGGCAUGCGCUUCAAGAGGAAGUUUGCUGUGGAAGCGCACCAGUGGAUCCACCGUUCCUGCUCUGGGGGUCGUCGGGGAAGGAGGCCUGGGAUCCGUGCUGUGCCUCGGGCCCCAGUCCGAGGUGACCGGGACCCGCCUGUGCUGUUCCGGCACUACCCAGACAUUUUUGAGGAGUGCGGGUGA